GUCAUUUCACUCCGUUAGGAAGGUUCCUAAGCUAAAUGGACUAUUCGAAUGCAACCUGGGUGUUGCGGGAACUGCCAGAUACUCAAAUGAACAAACUAAGGAGGAGGACGUUUGAACAAGUGUCCAGUUAAGAGAGUUCUAUCAAAGUCGAGUCUUUCAUUCAGCUGUCUGGGUUCUCAUUGGCUGAUGGAGAGGACAGUUGUGUCACUAUGUCUCACAGACUAACCAAGGAUCAGCUGGAUGAACAGUUUGAGCUGUUCUUGAAAGAGUCUGUUUCAGAUGAAUCUGAGAAGCAGCUGGGUGCUAGCAGCAGCCAGACAUCAGCCCGGAAACCAAAAGCGUCCUGGCGGCCGGAUGAGGAACCCAGCGGGGGGGGAGCAGUGAGAGAGAUGAUGGCCAAGAAAAGAUUUAUCAAAUCCAAAAAGGCUAAGCCCGAGAACACCAAUGGACUGCUGGGAUUUGGGAAAACUUUCCGGAAGUCCCUGAGGAAGCCUGUUGAAGAGGAGGAGGAUGAUCCAGGAGACGCUGGUUUGAAGGAAGUCAGUCCAGAAUCAGCCCUUGUCAGCUGUGCCAAUGCUGAGCUAGAGGACUCACUGAUGGUACCAGCUGGGAACAUGACAGUUAUUGGCUUGGACACCAUAGAAGAAGAACAGGAGAAGGCCAGGUUCUUUGCCCAAAUUGAGGCAGGGGCUUUAUCCACUAUAGAUUACUCCAAGCUGAACAGAGCGCUGGACUCAACAAGCUCUACCCUCGCUACUCACCACAGGGAAGCUGAUGCAGAGGGGAAGCAGAGUGAAGAUCAGAUGAGAGUCACAGAGAUCAGCAGGGAGUCUCCAGCCCUUACAGGAUCUCCACAUUACAGUGAGGAUUUUGAGGAAGAGGAAAACGAGAAAGAGCCGCUGGAGGAGAAACCGAAGAUGUCUUCAAUUCUUGCCAAAGUUUCUCUGCAUGAUUCCCUGGAUGACACAGAAGACAGAAGAAAGGACUCAGCAGGGUCACUGGACAGAGGGCGGGCCUACGUGCAGAGUGGAGGCUCAGAGAUGGAGGCUGUCCAUGAGGCCUACAGGCAGAUCCAGGUUGUGGAGGAUUCAGAGGACCAUCAUCUCCAUUAUUCUUCUCUGGAAGGGAGGGUGGGCAUCACCAUCACUCCCCUUCCUCAACACAAGCAGUCUCUUCAGCCGGCUGAUACCAAUGAGUCAGAGCUCCCCACUGCAGAGGAGUUGAUGAGACCCAUCCGUCCGGAGCAGGAUGAUGUCAGAGGCUUCACCCUCCAGCCUGUCAGUGCUGUGGGGUUCAUACAAGAGCAGACAUCCUGCUCCUUUCAAACGACUUUUCCAGAGUCCCUACUCAAGAGACAAGGACAGACUGACCCUGUUCCAGAGAUAAAUGGAGGCACGGGAUUGGCUAGCCUCCUGUCCAGCUCUCCAGACCCCCCCAACCAGACGUGGAGCAUCAGACAGGAAGUAGAGAGGCUGAUUCAGGAUGAGAACAAAUAUUCUGCUGACACGUCCUCUCGGGGCGGUAGAGCUAAGAAUCAACAGGCGUCCCGUGGCUCCAUUGUUUCUCAUUCCUCUACAUCUUCAGUGAGAAAGCUCGCUGUGGCUCCUGUGAGAGGCAGGAGGGUGGAGGGGAGGACAGGGGGGGGGGCCUGCAGAGCUGCUGCUGCUGCAGCCAAAACCCAGACCUCUGUCCCCCGUCCUCUGCAGCAUCCGCAAGAAAAAGCCAAAUCCUCAAAGAACCAACCAAAAGACGACCACACAGCAGAUCCUGGUGUGAGGGUGAGCAGUGAGUUAGUAGCCUCUGUUCAGUCCUUGGUGGCCGUCCUCCAGCAGCAGAUACACACUGGCAGUCACCAGGAGGCUACACACACACAGGAAGUCAGAAGUCCUCAAGAAACCGGACUGACACAUCUUCUUCCAAACAAAAACAGGGAGGAGGAGCGCUCUCUGGUUGAGGAGCUGAAGAUGCAGCUGGCUCAGAAAGAGAGGGAGCUGCAGCUGAUGAAGGAAGGAGCGGAGGAGAUCACCUCACUGAAGCAGCACAACUACCUCCUGCAGAGCAAGCUGCGAAGUGCAGAAGACGAAAGUCAGAAGAAGAAACGAGCGGAGGCCUCUGACUCUGCCUCUGGGGAAAAGCUCCAACAGCUUGACAGAGAAAUGAAAGAGCAGGAGACGCUCAUCAAAGGAUACCAGCAGGAGAAUGAGAAGCUGUGCCUGCAGAUGAAGGCUCAGCAGGCGCAGAGUAAAUCCAACGAGGAGGCCAUGUUCAAUGAAAACCAGAGGCUGCUCAACGAGCUGGCCUUCACUAGGGAGCAGCUGAAAAAUACCUCCAGGACUGUUGGAAAUGUGUGUUUGAUGGAUCACACUCAGCGCAUUACUGACUUGUUAGCUCAAAAUAAUACAUUUCAGAGGAAUGAAGCCACACUGUGCGAGGAUGUCCGCAGAGUGAAGCAGGAGAAGCAGGCUCUGGAGGUGGACCUGCAGCUGAUGAAGAAAGAGAGGGACCUCGCUAAAGCUCAGGGCGUGUCUGCCUCAGGUGAUAAGUCCUUUGAUAUGCGCGUGUUGGAGGAGAAGCACAGAGAGGAGGUGUCGUCCCUGAGCAAAAAGCUGCAGUGGUUUGCAGAAAACCAGGAGCUGCUGGAUCGAGACGCUGGCAGACUGAAGGCUGCUACCACUCAGAUUCACCAACUCAAAGAGCAGGUAGAAAAACUGAAAAGUGAUGUGGGCAAAAGAAGCAGCGAGGCGCAGACAAAGACCAAAGAGAAAACAGUGGAAACUAAGAGGAUGCAGGACCUGCAGCGACAGGUGAAGGAGCUGGAGCAGAUACUGAGGCGUAGAAACCCAAACUCCCUGCCGGCUCUGAUCUACGCUGCAGCCACAGCUGGAGGGGCAGAAGAGGGGGCUAAUGGGACGUCCCCCCCCAGCAGAAUCAGUGCUCUGCAGGAGCGCAGGAUCCAGCGCCUGGAGGCCGAGCUGGAGGGCCACGAUGAGGGGGCCAAACGCAGCCUGAGGGCCAUGGAGCAGCAGUUCCUCAGGAUCAAGCUGCGCUACGAGCAGCAGAUCUCAGAGCUGGAGCAGCAGCUGGAACCCAAACUGCAGCUGGACAGUGCAGAGUCAGCAGAGGGGGCGGAGCUGUGGAGGUCUCAGGUUCAAACCCUGCAGGCAGAGCUGCAGCAGGUGAAGCAGAGCCAUCAGGAGAGAGCGAAGUCUCUCCAGGAGCAGAUAGAGUCCCUGCAGCAGCAGCUCAAACACAAGCCCCAGCCCAGUCCGGGCCGGCACCAGCGCCAGGCCGAGGCAGCCUCUGGGCUCCGGAUCGAGCGUCUGAACAAAGACCUGGCCCUGAAGACCCAGAGCGUCCAGGAGCUGAGCCGCACCGUGGACCGGCUGCAGAGGGAGAGGAGCCGCAUGCUGUCUGCCCCCCCCCCAGCAGAGAGCAAACGACCCGCAGCUAAAAGCCUCAGUUCUGCUGCUGGGGGGGAGACCGGUGGGGGGGAAACCUUUCCAGCUGCUCAGUAUGAGAAGACCUACCAGCCCACUGUGUUCACAGGCUGCCACAUUUCAGAGGUGGUGCAGGAGAGCGAGGCUCUGAGGCAGCAGGUGGAGCUGCUGCAGCUGCAGAGGGAGGGGCUGACUGCACAGGCUGAACACGCUGAGGAGGAGCUGAGCAGGGUGAAGCAGCAGGGUGCAGAGCAGCUGAGCUCCAUGAACGCGGAGCAGCUCCGGGCUCUGGACACGCUGCGGGCCGGCUACGCCCUGGAACACUCUUCUUCACGGGUGGCUGAGCUGACCAAUCAGCUACACACUCAGGAGGUGACGGUGAAACACCUGAAAGAGCAGCUGCAGGAGCUGCAGGGAGCCAAAGAUGCUCUCACUGUCUCCAGGACCAGAGAGGACGCUCUGCAGAAACAGCUGAGCAGACUGCUGAAGGAUCUGAAGGAAGCUAAAGAGGCUCAGAGCCCCGAGGGGAAGCUGCUGAGCGGUCUGGAGAGGAAGAUCCUCGACAUGGAGCUGCGGCACCAGAGCAGAGAGUGGAAGCUGCAGCAGGUGAUCGGGGGCUCCUGGCAGACCCUGGACUCUGGUCAGCAGUCAGAGGUGGAGGGCUGGAAGCAGCUGGCUCAGCAGAAGAGCAGAGAGGUGGAGGCCUUCCGUCUGGAGCUGGACUCCAUCCUGGACAUCCUGAGACACCUGCAGAGACAGGGGGUGGUCCUCCCUCCCCCCCCUCACCUCUCAGCAUUACAAUGAGUUCAGAUGACAACAUUCGUGGCACAUAUCAGAGACAGACAAUGCGUACUAGGAGCAAUGCUUUAAUACAAAUAAAUAAAAGACUAAAUGAAUAAAGAUA